AUGUUUCAUUUGUCUUGCUAUUAUGGUUCUCCUUAUAUUACUGAUAAAAAUAAUUCUUGGACUCUUUUAUCUCGUCUCUUUGAUGUUUCCCCUUUGGCACCGUGGAUUAUCGUUGGAGACUUUAACGAUUAUCUUGGCCAUAAUGACCGUAACAGCCAUUGUUUGCCUCCCCCUCAUGCCAUGCAUCGUUUCCAGAACUUUCUGUACAAAUACUCUCUUUCUCCUUUACCUUUCUCUGGCAGUCGUUUCACUUGGAAACAUGGCACUUCCUUAGAGCGAUUGGAUUGGGCCAUUGUUGACCACAAGUGGAACACUCUUUUCCCCACUGCUUCCCUUCACCACCUUCCUUUUUUUUUUGGCUCGGAUCAUAGGGCUAUUAAAGUUGUCUUUGAUGGCAAUCCUAUGAUCUUCAGGCAUGACUCCCAUUUUUGUAUUGAAAACCACUGGUUUCUUGAACUUGAUUUUUUCGACCUUGUUAAGAUUGGUUGGACCCUUAAGGUCACUCCAGAUACCAUAAAGUUCCCUCUUCAGGCUAAUUGGCUUAAAGCGGGUGAUAAAAAUACAAAAUAUUUCCAUAGCCGGGCUUCUACUAGAAAACGCAAUAACUUCAUCAAGUCCCUUACUUUAAACGACAAUUCAAGUGUCUCCAGGCUUCAGGAUAUUACCAACUCUUUUGUUCAUUUUUACUCUAAUCUUUUCACUUCCCAAGGUACGGAUUAUGAUUCCAUAGCCCUGAUCCUUCAGGGGAUUAACAAAACCAUCACCCCUGAUCAACAUGCUUUCCUAGACAGUCAAUUUGAUCUUGCUGAAGUCAAAAGGGCUCUCUUCCAGCUUGUUGGGGACAAAGCUCCUAGACCUGAUGGUUUGAAUUAUGGUUUCUAUCAGAAACAUUGGGACAUAGUUGGCAUUGAUCUCUGUAAUGCUGCCCUUCAUGUUCUCAACACCAAUGCUGACAUUGCUCCUCUUAAUGAGACGAUCCUUGUCCUUAUUCCCAAGGUCAAUAAUGCUUGUCGUAUCAAGGAUUUCUGGGCUAUCAGUCUUUGCUCCACUAUUUAUAAGGUCGUGUUUAAGGCUAUUGCUAACCGUCUCAAAUCUAUCCUCCCUGAUCUUAUAUCGCAUAAUAAAGGUGUUUUCCUUAGCGAUCAUAUAAUUUUUAAUAACAUUAUUAUCGCUAAUGAAGUCAUCCAUGCUAUCACUAAUCGUAAAACUGAGAAAGUGGGCUGGGCUGCUCUUAAACUUGAUAUGGAAAAGGCCUUUGACAAAGUGGAAUGGGAUUUCAUCCGCCACGUCCUUCAUCAUUUCAGUUUUCCUUCCCAUCUCAUUUCGCUCACUCUGCGGUGUCUUUCUUCAGUUUCUUUUUGUCUCCAUAUCAAUAAUAGUCUAUCUCCCCAAAUUUUCCCUUCUCGUGGAAUUAGACAGGGUGACCCUCUCUCCCCUAUCUUUUGCUUCUGGUCUGCCCCUCCCAUAUCCCAUCUUCUGUUUGUUGAUGACAGCCUGCUUUUCACUAGAGUUACGUCUCUGAUUCUUCUUGUAGUGAUAUCAAAGACAUUCUACUCAUUUAUCAUAAGGCUAUGGGUCAAUCGGUCAACCUCCAAAAAUCCUCCAUCCUUUUCUCUCCCAAUACUAACUCUGGUGUCCUUCAAUGUUUUUCACGCUCCAAAAAAUCAUCUUUCCUUUUUCUCCUUCAAAAAGCCAGCUCCAAAUUAUCUGUGUGGAACCAAAACCUUUUCUCUAAAGCUGACUUAUGUCAAACUUCUGGUGGGGUUCAAUUGGUAA